AGCAAUCGCGAGAAAGGUCGAAGGAUUCUUUCUUCGUCGCCCCGCACCGCCCGCUUUUCCACACUCCGCCGUCAUUCUCGAUUUCGUUCCGGUUCCCGCCGGGCGGAGCAAGAGCGGUUAUGGCGGCGAAGGCCGACGCGGCGGAAGGCGCGAAGAGGAGGUGCGUCUGCCUGAUCGACGCGAUCGGCCGGCUGCCUCCCUCGGUCGCCGGUCCUUGCCGGCGCACGCUCCUCAAGCUGGCCGAGUCCGACCUCUCUUUCCUCGCUCGUCGCGCCUCUUCUCCUUCUUCGGAUUCGCCUCUCAGUGUUAAUAUCGGACACCUCGAAGCUGUUGUUCACGUUCUCCAGCAUCUUCCGGUCACGGGAGUUUCGCGCGUUUGCAAGCCUGUCCCUCUGUUGCCUGCGAGCGGCGAGGUGCGGAGAGCUGAUUCCAGUUCGAAGAUUGCUCAUGUCGAUAUCGUGUGCACGCUGAAAGGAAUCCCGGUUUGGGUCGUUGUAUCUGAUAGGAACCCGAACCAUGUGACCUGGCACGAUGGCCAUAAAGGCAAGGGAUUGAGAUUGAGAAUUCAGCAAGUUGUUGCUGCUGCUCAGUUCUCGCCGACGCUAAGGCCUUCGUCGAUUAUUCUUUUCUUUUCACGCGGUGUGACUGACUCCAUUCUCAAGAAGAUUGUCGACGAAUUUCAGGCCAUUAAGUAUGAAAUGGAAGCUGACGUCCCCCUUUCCAGUGUUGGCUUUUUGGAGGAAAUGGAAGGUGAGUGGGUAAAUAUAAUUGCAAGGUCUUACCAAGAAUCAGUUGCCCUAGAAAUAAAGGUGGAUAAUUUUGAGAAACCGGCUCGAGAUCCCAAAGUGGGAGCUGGAGAAUCAAUACUGGGUGCUGCGGAGACGGAGAAUCCUGAGGGAAAUGUGAACCUUAAUUAUCCUACUACCUUUGACACUCUAAUUUCUGGCUUGAGACCUCCCAUGAAAGGGAAAGAUAUGGCUUCUGCUAAAACAAGAGAGGAACUAAGUGGAGGUGAUCUCAUAAAUUUUGAUACGACAGCUUUAAUCGCUCUUGUAUCAGACAUUAGUAAUGGUGGUGCGGAGAAACUUUUGAAUGCAGAAGAAAGUGAGUUGAGGCAGCGGUUCAAAGGCAACUUGCCUUUUGUGAUUGCACAGGCAAACUCUGAGAUUCAAAAACCAAUCCUCCCAGAGCUGGGUGCAGUAAUUUGCGGAAAGAAUGGUGUGAUAUGUGAAAGUGUUCUUUCAGAGUUCAAAGAGUUAAUAGCAAUGUAUGGAGGGACCAAGGAGAAGCUAAGAGCAGAUCAGAUACUAAAAUGGCUUUCUGUUGUUCCGGAUAAUCCUUCAGAUCGCAUGAUCAGCCUUCCAACUACCAGAAAGCUUGCUAAAAAGAACAAGGUUAUUUUUGGCACUGGAGAUUACUGGCGUGCGCCAACCUUAACUGCAAAUAUGGCUUUUGUUAGAGCAGUUUCUCAGACCGGGAUGUCUCUCCAUACGAUCGAGCAUAGACCACGUGCUUUAACUGGAAAUUAGCUACAAAUUUUUUCUGAAAGUGGCUUGACAUGUGUUUGCGAGUGGACUUCAAGGUAACAUGAUGCUUCUCAAGAUGUUUGAGUCCUCGCGCGUGCGUGGGCAGAGAGAGAGGGAGAGGAAAUUCAGAAAAAGAAUAUAUAUAGGUUAUCUGACACAUCAUAGUUUCUGACAAAUGAAUCUUCUCUGUCUAGAGAACAUGGAAAUUGAGUUUACAAAAGAAACUGAAGAAAAAAGAAGUAACUCAUGACAACUAAACAAUUUAAAGCUUCAUCCCAAAACUACAGUUGCUUGCUUUGAUGCUGAUCAUGCUAUUGGUACUCAAGCUGUCCACCACCAGGGAACAUCGGCCCAAGAUUUUAACCUUCCUCAACUUCAUUGUGCCUAGUUCGACUGACACCGGUGCAUCAACUUUUAGAUCAAGAGGGAUUUGUCCUGUUUGCUGUUGCUGCUGCAGUGCUGCCAUUAUGGUGCUCCCAGACUCGCUUUGGCCAGUCAAGGGUCAGGUCGAAAUUCAGCCUCAAAGCACUUAUUUGAAGGCGGUCGACCGAAUACUGUGGAAGUUUUGGUUGGAAGACAAAGUAAAUAACUGCUGCAACUAUUCCAAUGAGGAUCAGUAUGAGGAGGAGGAGGCUAAUGAGCCCGCACAAUAACCUGCAGCAACAGCCUUUUCGUUUUCGUGGCUUCGCGAAAAUCACAGGUCCACCACCUUGCAGCGGAGAAGCUCGAUGAACUUGGGUUCCUUUCUCUGAAACAGAAGAGCUCGGCGGCACUAAAGGUGCCGUGGCACUUGUUGCAACCGGAACUGCCGGAUGAAUUCUCUGAUUAUCUGCCAUUGCUUCUGGUACAGCGAACUUAAGCUGACGGUGCAUUCUGGAAUUUCCGCUGGAGUGUGGGCACUUUUGGCACCUAGACAAGUUUCUUGAUGAGCUGAGUUGGUUGAUUUGUUCUUCAGAGCGAAAUAUAGGAUCGCAAUUCUCCAGGGUCUCCAACUUCCCCACCUAACAACAAAUACAAAAAAAGCCAAAGUUUGCAUCGGGUGGUUCAUCUACCAAUGGUUUCCUUUGAUUGUGUAGAAGAGUUAACAACACAAGCAGAAGAAAGGUGUCCCGCUGGUUUGGGUUUAAUCCUCGAAAGUUGUUGCUUCUGACCUACUCUUUGGUUUCGGCAUUUUGACACUGUUUUGGAAUUGUGCCAAGUGGCUCUAUUCGAUUACUUUAAACAAAGAUUUUCUACACCUGUGCGUUCGGUACUUCAGGGCGUGCCAAUUGGCCCAGGAAAACUGCGAGAUGGUGUCGGUAGAGAUUCGGACUCUUUUUAACA